AUGACUCAACCAGAGUCAACCCAAAUCCUUGCCUCUAUGAUACGGACCCUCGGGGGUCCUCGCUUUUCCCCAGGAGAUUUUGAAUGGGCCACUUCUCUUCCCGCGGGGAAGGAUCUCAUAGAUUGGCUUGCAUCCCAAGCGACAACAGAAGCAUCUGAAGGGCAUGCCGGCAUCAACUCCACCGUGGCAUUGCAGUCAAUUGCACUGCAUGAGGCAGAGAUUAAAGACUCUCGACGUGAACAGGCCCUAUCUGAGUCAGAGCUCCUGGAAACUGAGACAGCCAUGCUCAGACAUCGCCUUGAGAGUGUCAAAAUUGCAUCCAAAGAGAUGGCGCAUACAGUGAAGACGCUCAAGGCUUCUAUGAAUGGCCUUGACGAUCAAAUGCGCCGCGGCGAAGAGCGCCUAGGAGAUAUCUCAAUCCAGGUCGAUACAGCACUCUCAGGUUCGGUGAACGCGGCAUCGAGGCUGCUAAGUGCUGCGGAUUCCGAUCGAGAAAAAGCUGGCGCAUACCUCAAAGCGUGCAGCGCCCGUCUGGCCGAAAUGACUGAACUUCGCGCACAAAUUGCCGGGAUCGCGAAAGAGCGCUUCCAUGAACUCGCCGCCGCCGAUCGAUCAAUCCCUACUGCUCUCGAAGUACAGCGAGAGGCGGAGCGGUUGCAUCAGCAGCUGAACAUCAUCGAAUCACCCUCCGGUUCCGAGCUGUGGCCAGAGACGGCAGAUUUGGAAGCUCAGCUCUUUUGCGCAGAGAUGGACGGAAUAGCUCAUCAGCUUAUGUCUCUGUCUGAGGACGUAGAGAAAGAUCAGGCUGUCUCGGACAUCCUGGCCACAAUGGAGGCAAAGCACGAUGCGUCUACUGCUUCUGCCGACGUCGAUCUUGUGCAGGAACUUACGCGGGCUUGGAACUCAGAUCAAAUGAAAUCAAUGACUGCUCGGGAGCGAGUCGUCGACGAGACCACGAAUAUGUUCUCGCAAUGCUUGCUUCCGCCUCUUGAUACCUUACACGCGCAUCUUUUGGCAUCCAAAGGGCAUGCGUUCGAAAUCGAAGCACUUGUCAGCGCUCUUGUAGAGGAGCUUGAAGAAGUCGUCGAUGACGUCACUUCUAUCAGAGAUAGCGCCUGCAAGGAUAAGUCCCUUCAGCCGCAAGCGCUGCUGGAGGAUGAGCUACGCGAUGAGCUGAAACAGCUGCAGAGUAUUAGGCCCUCGGAUGCGGGCCCGCUUGUCCUGUUGGACGACGCAGAUCUCAGCAAAGAACUUGCGUCGAUACCCGAAUGGCUAUCCCAUGCAGAAGAUGCUGAAAGGGAAUGGGUUGUGUCUCUCUUGGACCGACUGUCCUCUCUGACGCACAACCGCGCUUCUCUACUCUCCACUAUCUAUGCUAAUUCGCCUGUCACGACGUCUCCUCCAUUCCUGCCCUCCGCCACACAGCAGAAACUCGAGGAUGAUCUGCGAAGAAGAGUAGAGCAGCUGAGCAACUUGACAAUCCGACUAGAGGGAUCGCGGAUGACCGAUCGAGAUGAACGAAAGUUGGAUGCCUUUCUAGAAAAAUGGGCUCGAACGUAA